UCUUGGGAUAUGUUUGACUUUUGGCCUAGGGCUUUCGUCUGGUUAGACGACGUCGUUUUUCAAUUUCCCACUCUCUCCUCUGUUUGGUUGGUUGGUUUACUCGACGAGUUUCUUCCGAAAGCUUCGUCGUCGUCGUCGACUAGGUUUGUGUUCUUUCUGAGUCUGAGAGAGUUAAGAGUUGAACGAGAGACCGACCGAGUGAUCUGAGGUUUUACGGGUUUAACGAAAGGUGAAACUUGAAGAUCUUAUUUCUUUUGAUUACCGUCCGGGCUUUGGUUUGGAUCAAAUCAGGAGUUGCUAAGCUGACAGACUGAGUGACUAAUUAGUGUGAUUGGGGAAGAUGGGUUUAUUGAAGAAAAAAGAUUCAACUUCAGCUCGCUCCUCUACUUCUCCCUGCGCUGAUUUGCGAAACGCUUACCACAAUUGCUUCAACAAAUGGUACUCGGACAAGUUUGUUAAAGGGCAAUGGGAUAAAGAAGAGUGUGUUGCCGAGUGGAAAAAGUACAGAGACUGUCUCUCGGAGAAUUUGGAUGGUAAGCUUCUCACUCGCAUUUUGGAGGUAGAUGGUGAGCUGAAUCCAACAAAGCAAGCUGAUUCUAAAGAAUCCAAUUGAUGGAUGAUACUUGAUCCUCAUAUGUUUCUCAAAUAACAUUGUCACUUUCAAACCAUAAAAUUCAUAUUAUUUAAGUAGUAGGAGAGGGGUAAUCAAAGUAGAAUGAGAUUGUUGUAUUCUUUAUUCAAAAAAAAAA